AUGACCGAGGCAUGCGAUACCGCCUACACCAUUGAGGAAUGGAUCUCGCGUCAUCAACAGGUGUGUGACUAUAACUUGGCUGACUUCGAAGCCGAGGAGCCCGUCAUCCCUGGGUACCAGUGCAUCUAUGAGGUGGUAUCGGUGCUCAUUGCGUCCUUCCAUCGUGGGCAGUACAUUGUGCCUCUGCCCCACACGUUGCGGGUGAUCUUGACCACGUUGGUGUUCCCUGAAGCCAACAACUACUACCAAUUGCGGAACAAGUGCAAUUACUUGUUAACCAGGUACCUUGAGGUGUUGGAAACAAAGUCCGAAGAUGAAGAGGGGAAAGCGCGAGAAGCAGCUCUCGUGGAGACAUUCAAUACUACUUUAAAGGACUUCAUGCAAGGGAUCAGAUCACAACUGAUUGAUUCGUUCUUUUCAAUGGCUCCUAAGGUUAAGCCCGAAGCUCCACCACCAGAACCAAAGGAGCCGGACGUGAUUUGUAUUUCCGACGACGAGUCUGAGAGAGAUGUUGUCAAAGCUGUUAAUAAAAUUGUUGAUGUUGAUGUUGUCAUUGAUGACGAUGACGUUGACGAUGUGGAAACCAGUGAUGACGAUGUCACCAUCGUGGAGGACCACCCUGAUACUGUGGAUGCAGAGAUUAAGGAUUUGCUCAACCGGCGAAUCAAGUACGAAGCGGAAUUGAAACUACCAUCAGCAAAAACACCUAUCAAUGAACCACCGGCGAAGAAUGGCACAGCCUCUCCUACCAAACGGAAAAGUAAAGGGCCUCCGCUAAUUGAGAAGAAAUCGAAGGUGUGGAGUCGAGUGAAGUAUAAUCAUGGCGAGCUGCUCGGACGGCUACAGCUUGUUGGCGAGCGACUUCUGAAAGCCCACAGCAACUAUUCCUUUUGGGACUUGGUGGUAUGGUGGGGAUGGGUGGGACACCAGUGCACAAAGAUGCAAGCAUACGGUCAUCCCAAUACCAUCGAGACCUGGGCGUAUCAGUAUUUUGAUUGUUAUCGCCAAUUCAUAAAUUUGAUUGUGCGUUACCUUCGUCUUGGCCAUCUGCCAAAGCUUGCUGAACAACUCAUACAACAGCUAACGCCUAAUCGCUCACAAUGGGCACAACGAGCCAGCGAAAUCUGUUUCAGUGGCGUCGAUGAGAAGGAAAUGAACCCGAAACCUCGUGGUCCCUAUGGCCACGAAACUAAUCGGGUGUGUCAAGAGUUUGAAGAAUACCACAAGAAGUUUGUUAGAUUCCGCCCUCAAACGUAUACUGCCGACAUUGAACUGGUGCCCACUUGGUAUCAGCUCAUUGUCUUCCUUGCCAGCCACCUUUCUCCCGACAGAUGGGUCAAAUUGGUAGCGGAUCGACUCAAGCAGUGCCCAAGCAUAAUCAGCGAGGAAUUCUUCGAGUGUGUCUACGAAACUGCAUUGAAAAACGAUAAGCUGAUGCCGAUCUCGGAAAACGAUACUAUAUAUUGGUUGUUAAGACUUUCCACUCAGACGCUCAAGUUGCAGUUACCGAAAGCUAAUGUCACUGAACCGGUGUUGACGAAGCUGCAGAUGCUUGCUCUUAUUGAAGGCGACUCUCCGAAUAACUCAACGUCCGAUAAUUUGCAAGACAGAGAAGUAAUCUAUCGAUUCUUGGUCCGAGUAUACAAACCGAAUGGAAUACUUGGCUGCAAAGACAAAGCCCAGUUGGACUACUAUAAGAGAAUUAUCGGUUCGUGA